CUUUCGUCAACCGAUGAUUCCUUUGCUGCAAUCCGGAAGGCUUUGGAUGCCGUAAUAACAGCUAUGGAGAGUUCAGCUGUUACAAACAUGGAGAGUUCUGUGGUUCCAGUAAAGUCCAGUGACAUAACGGAGAUGAGUACACCUGCUUCUACAGCAACACUACAAAUUGGAGCUGUAAAGAAAAGGAAAUGGCAACAGAAAAGGGAAGCAAUUUCAACUCAACCUAACCGGAAACACCCUAAGAGAAUGUGCAUAUUUUGCAAUGAAGAACAUUACAGCGAGGAUUGUACCAAAUUUAACACAUAUAAGGAGAGGAUUGGGAAGCUUAAAGAUAGGUGUUAUGUGUGCUUCCAAAUAGGACACCGUGCCUCCAAGUGUACCAGAAGGAGGAAAUGUGUACAUUGCUCUAGGAUGCAUAAUAGAGCCCUUUGCCGGCAGAAGGUGCAGAGGGACAGCAGUAACCCAAGUAAAGACAACGGAGGGGAGAAGUCUGAGCAUUAGGCUUUUACUUGAUUGUGGAAGUCAACGAUCUUACAUUACAAAUAGAAUAGCAAAAUUAUUACGAAUCAAACCUGAUGGAGAAGAUUGUUUGAUGAUUUAUACAUUUGGAUCAGAGAAGCCCAGAGAAAUGUCAUGCCCAUAUGCAACAGUAACUGUAGUGAGUAAACGUAAUGUUGAAAGAUUGAUUAGAGUAAAUAUAGUCCCAUACAUCACCGCAGAGAUACCUAUGGCUAAGGUAGAGUCACCAAUGAUAGAUAUCUUGGCUGACGACGCUUCUACCGGUGAAGGCAUUGAUAUGUUGAUUGGAAAUGAUUUAUACUUUUCAUUUAUCAGAAAGAGUGUUGAUUUGGGAAAUAAUACCUUUCUUGUGGAUUCUGAUUUUGGUUGGUUCCUCGCAGGAAGUGCUACUAACAGCAGGGAAGGGGAGACUCUAUCAGUGGCUACAUAUUGCCAGUGCCAUGAAAUCAA